AUGCGGGUCAAGCGGAACUCACGGCCGAAACCUGCGCUUCACGCAUCAAACUCAAAACACCGGCUUUUCGUCGGGCCCGAAGUCCUCUGUACGUACCGUGCACUCUUUUUCCCCUACAAACGACACGCAGGUUUUAAGUCGCGUGGAUGUUUCUUAACGGGCUGAUUUGAACCAAGUCGAUGUGUUUUUGUAGUAAUGGUCGCACGGAAAAACGCGACAUCGUCAUUUAAAAUGGCGCCAAAGAUUAACCUCAGCCUGUGGACCGCUGCUGGUAAAUGUUCCAUACUGUACCAUGCUGGCUAGCAACGUAAAGAUAGCACAACAACAUGGCUAGUUAGUUAUGUUAGUUCAUUCACGAGCGUGUUCACGUUUUGGGUAGUUUGUUUGAAUCCAUUGUUGACCCUUAACCCUUGACAAAUAACUGACCAGGGAACGUUAAAUAACGUUAGCCCCACAGAAGCUAACGCUACGUCAGCAGCCGAUGGCUAAUGCUAAAAGCUGACUAGCUAACGAGCUAGCCGAUGUUGCUAACAACCAGCCUUCACGUAACCGUUAUACUUAACGUGUAGACAAACGUGUACAAACACCACGUAACGUUUAACCCAUAGGGUGUUAACCGCCACUUGGGCUACGCGACAUGUUUUAAGUUAACGGGCGUAGCAACUUUCUUAUCACAUACAGAAACAUGUCGGCGUAUGGCCGCCGGGUGUGGGUGGGCCCGCUUGUUGCGUAACGGUUGUGUGGUGGUGAGAGGGCUUAGCUCUGGCUAACAUUAGCCUAGCUAGCAUUUGUAUCGUUAUUCAAAAAGGUCAGCGCAACGUGGUCCGAUUUUACUAAUUAACGCGCAGGUUCUUAACAUCACACGCACAUUAACCUGUAUUUGUUACCGUGUUGCCAGGGUAACAACAAGGCCCGGGUUUCAAUACUUUAACCCGCUGGCCUGAGUUAGCCGCUCGCUAGUUAGCCGAUACUUUCGUUCGCAUGUUUACUGGAAGAAGGGGCGUCACACAAACCGUGUGUCUAGCCUGCUGUUAGCCCAACUAGAGACCUCCAGGGUUCGCACCUUUCCCCCGUCCUAAAAUAUGGCCGCAUGUCGGGACUGUUAAAGGGCUUUUUUCACACUUCGUAAGCGGAACCCAUACGGGGCUUCGUUUCGUGGCUCGUUGUCCUCGCUGAGCAGACACCGUGGGAUGGUUUGUUUGGCUCAUAAUGAAACCGGUUCUUAAAUCGGCACACAGACUGUUUUCCAGCGGCACAUUGUUGCUGUUCUAAACUCACUCUUUAUGUGCAAUGACAUCAUUGUCCCAGAAGUGUCCCUCACGAUGAUGAAGAGAAGCAGGCACCCCAGCAGCAGCAGCGAUGACUCCGACAAUGGAAGUAAUUCCACCUGCUGGUCGCAACAUUCGUCUCAGCCCAGGAGGGGGACCGGUCAGAAGCCCUCCGAGGUUUUCAGGACCGACCUCAUCACCGCCAUGAAGGUGCACGACUCGUACCAGCUGACCCCCGAGGACUACUACAUCCUCGCCGACCAGUGGCGGCAGGAGUGGGAGAAGGGCGUCCAGGUUCCUGUCAGCCCCCAGUCCAUCCCACAGCCCGUCACCAGGGUGCUGGUUGAGAAAGGAAAAGAGGUCAUGUUCGUGAAGCCGAAGAAGCUCAUCCGGACGUCGGGCGUCGAGGCCCUGGGCUACGUGGACAUCCGGACGCUAGCGGAGGGGAUGUGCCGCUACGACCUGAACGAGGAGGACGUCGCCUGGCUGCAAACCGCCAACAAGGAGUUCGCUGAGAUGGCCAUGCCGCCGCUCGACGAGAUCACCAUGGAGCGGGUGAUGGAGGAGUUUGAGCGGCGCUGCCACGACAACAUGACGCACGCCAUGGAGACGGAGGAGGGGCUCGGCAUCGAGUACGACGAGGACGUGGUGUGUGACGUCUGCCGGUCCCCCGACGGGGAGGACAACAACGAGAUGGUGUUCUGCGACAAGUGCAACAUCUGCGUUCACCAGGCGUGCUACGGCAUCCAGAAGGUCCCAAAGGGCAGCUGGCUGUGUCGCAUCUGUGCCCUGGGCAUCCUGCCAAAGUGCCAGUUGUGUCCGAAGAAGGGGGGGGCCAUGAAGCCCACGCGCAGCGGAACCAAGUGGGUGCACGUCAGCUGCGCCUUGUGGAUCCCAGAGGUGAGCAUCGGCAAUCCUGAGAAAAUGGAGCCGAUCACCAACGUGUCGCACAUCCCCGGCAACCGCUGGGCACUGAUCUGCUGCCUGUGUAAAGAGAAGGCGGGAGCCUGCAUCCAGUGCUCGGCGAACAACUGCCGCACCGCCUUCCACGUGACGUGUGGCCUCCACGCCAGCCUGGAGAUGAACACCAUCCUCACGGAGGAGGACGAGGUCAAGUUCAAGUCCUACUGCCCCCGGCACUCCGGGCUGGAGGGCGCCGAGUCCAGGGAGCGGGAUUCGGGAGGCGAGGAGGAGAAGGAGAGCGCCAGAGACAAGAAGGGCCGGAGGAGAGGCAGGGUGAGAGGCGGGGGGGAGGAGGAGGAGGCCGCCGUCGCCUCCCCCCGCCCCCUGACCCAAGCGGCUCCUCGGCGCGCCGACAAGGCGCCCAGCGAGCGGGAGCUGCUCGCCAGCCGCCAGCAGGAGAAGAGGGUCAGCCUCCGCAAGCUGAAGCUGCAGGAGAUGGAGGAGGAGUUCUACCAGUUCGUGGAGGCGGAGGAGGUGGCCGACCACCUGAAGCUGCAGCCGGAGGCGGUGGACUUCCUGUUCCAGUACUGGAAGCUGAAGCGCAAAGCCAACUUCAACCAGCCGCUCCUCACGCCCAAGAAGGACGAGGAGGAGAGCCUGGCGCGGCGCGAGCACGAGGUGCUGCUGCGCCGCCUGCAGCUCUUCACCCACCUGCGCCAGGACCUGGAGAGGGUCCGUAACCUGACCUACAUGGUGACUCGGAGGGAGAAGAUGAAGCGCUCGUCGUGGAGAGUCCAGGAGCAGAUCUUCCAGCACCAAGUCCUACUGCUCGACCACCAGCUGCUCUCCGGCGAUCCUCCAGAGAAGGAUUUGGAGGAGCUCUCCUCGCUGGGCCUCUUGUCCCCUCCGGGCUCCCAGAGUCGCUGCGGCCUGAAGACCAAACCGCCGGCGUCCGGGCAGGAGAAGGUGAAGAGCGGCGACAGGAAGGGCCUCGCUGACCCUCACAGGAAGGAAAAUGGCAGCAAGCCACCGCAGACGAAGGAUUCCAGAAGCUCCCGAGUCAAAGAACCCGACGAGAUCCAGACCGCCGACGCCGGGCGGGACCUCCAGCCGCCGAAGCCCCACAGGCAGGAGGCCGUCCAGGAGACGGUCACCGCCAAGCUGCCCAGGGCCGACUGCAGGAAGGGCCCCAGGAGGGAGGCCCCGGGGCCCGAGCCAGAGGAGAGGAAGAGGAAGAGGAGUCGCGAGGCGACGGAGAGCUUCCCCAGCCAGGCCAAGAACCGCUUCGGCUUGAAGCACCUGGAGAAAACCGUGUCCAUCCGGCUGGUCGACAUCAGGAACUCCGACCGCGACGACUUCUUCCUGGGCGAGGCGGCGGCCAGGAGAAGCCCCGCCUCCCUGGAGGCGUCGGCCAAGACCAAACCCCAGCGGGCCAACCACAGUUCAGACGGGUGGCCUCGGAAAGCCCCGAGCGGCUCGCACGCCCCCGGCAGACAAGCAGGAGGACAUCUCCGAGGCUGGGGGAAGUUCAGGAUCCCCAAGAGGAGCGAGAGGCCUCUGACGGCAGAGGAGGACGAGGAGGAGGAGGAGGAAGAUGAUGACGAGGAGGAGGAGGAGGAGGAGGCGCCUCAGCUGAGGCCCCUGACCAAGGCGCCUGAGCCCCUGUACCCUAAGACCCGCCUCCGCGCCGGGCCGGUGGGCGACCGCUACGCCUCCGACUCCCAGGCGAGCGACGGCGAGCGGCGCCUGAAGCGCUGCCAGCUGAGGGGCGACGCGCCGCUGGGCCGGCGCUACGGCUCUGACAUCAUCCGCCGUGGCGUGCUGGCCUCCUGAUGAGCUGAUAAAAUGCCUACGUUAAAACAGAGCUGAUAUUUAUUUUUUACUUGUAUCAUAUGUAAAUCUGGGAAAUACUUUACUUUUAUUUUGAGCUAGCUUUUGUUUUUCUUAAAUGUAGAAUGAUGUCAAGUUGCCACGGAAACGCUCGCUCAGAUUCGCGCGGAGAAUGUUGCUCGGGACCAUAAGCUUGAAAUGGAGUUUUUAUUUUUACAUAGUUGCACUUGGACAUACAAAGCUGACGCAGAUAGUCGGCCAAAUAGGAUUUAAAAAAAAAAUAAAUUUUAGGUCUCUUUUUAAAAUCAAGCUUCAUCCGACAUUAACAGCGACAGUCAAACUGGCCUUUUUUUAUCGCUAUUUAAACUCCAGCCGUCGUCCUUCAGUCUGCGACUGUUGAACUUUACGAACUGGAGGAAACACACCCCCCCCCCCCAAAUAAAAAAGGAAUUCAGAAUGACGUCAUCAGCACUUAAGUGUAAUUGAACAGCGAUCGUAUCGUAUCCAUCACGUGCCUAAACUUUGAUUUGAAGCGUUUGCACUACGAGAGGACGGCACAGGUGGGAGCUACGAGAAGAGUUAUUUUUACACUGAAAAAAGGAAAAAAAGCAUUUUGUACCCUCGGCCGCUGCUGUACUACUGUUAUGCAAAAUGAACCCUGUUUUUGUCGUCUUAAAGAGGAAUAAAAACUGGUCUGGGAUCUGUACUUGAUGUUGUUUCAGGAACUUAACGAUGAAAUAAAGCUCGACUUUCUACAUCUCAA